CUUGAUGAGACACCGGUAACAUUAUCAAGGAAUCUAGCCAAUGAAGUUGUAGAAAAUAUAGCUGACUAUACCUCGAACCGACUAAAAAGUCUAAUGAAGCUUCCUAUCUGAUUAGGGGAGAAUGUAAUAUGGAAACUUUCAAAAAAUCCUCGUACUUUAUACCUUUGUUACCUUACCUAUACCUUUUUAAUAGUCUUUCAGUAGGUUUUCCUUUACUUCGCAGUUCAAAUUUUCAUUUUGAAUUUAAUUUAACUGUUCAUGUUCUUACCGUUGAAAAAAUCUUAUUGGCAUCGUUGCAAGGAAUGAGCUCGCGACCAUUGUCAGCUGUUGCCAAACGUUGAGAAAAAUAAAAGUACUUUUGAUGAUGAUGAUGAUGAUGGUGAGUGUGAGGUUAUGUUAAGUAAGUCUAAAGAACUUCACUCUCUUAUUUUUUCCGUGUCCGUGUCUAUUUCUGGAGCCACAGAACACCAGUGCGGGAGGAAAAAAAAAACCCACCCGGCCUUCGAAUAGAAAAUGAACAGCAGGAUCCUCGCGUUGCAGCUGGUUAAAAUAGCUUUUAGGAGAGUAUUUUUCAGCUUCGAAGUGGAAUAAUAACAAAGAGAAGGAACGUCGAUACCUACCUUGGAAUUCAACUAGUGGUGGUUUUAUUUUUGGGAUUGUGUCACAACAGGAAACAAACAUCACAAUGGGCAAAUUCGAAAUCCAGUCGGUACCACCUACAGUCAAACCAAAAAGAGAAGAAAACGGAUGCGCCACAAUUUGCGCUCACUCUACUUGCAAAAGCGUGCACUACAACUCGCUGGAAAACGGGCUGCGCAACUUGACUUUUGCGCAUCGGGUAAUAGAGGAGGAAUCGGACCAAUCCGCGAUUCCUUCUGGUAUGGAAGUGUUGACCAAUCAGGUGGCCGGACACGUUAUUGAUGGCACUAGUGGAUUUGGUAUGUUGAAAAAGGACGGGUUGGUGUUCAAGCCGCUUUUGAAAAAAGACUGCGCUGAACGUGAGGUUAAAUUGUAUGAGCGGCUAGAGGCCAGCGUUGAUAGGUCGUUGAUAGAGAUGCGUCGACUUGUGCCAAAAUAUCAUGGAACACAAAAAUUACAAAUCAAAGGCAAAGAAAUCGACUUUCUAAUCCUAGAAGACCUGACCAGAGACUUCAAAGAACCGUGCAUAAUGGACGUGAAAAUAGGCAGACGCACCUGGGACCCGCACACCGCCCCCUACGACAAAAUCGUCUCGGAAGAACGCAAAUAUCAAGCGUGCAAACGCGAUUUGGGUUUUUGUGUGCCUGGUUUCCAAGUUUACAAACUCGGCGACCAACAACCACUUAAAUUUGACAAAGAAUAUGGAAAACGUCUUGACAAGGAUACUGUCAGAGAGGCCAUGAAACUGUUUCUAAACGCGUCGAGAGGGCGCUGCUGUCGUCCUUUGCUGAUGCAAUUUCUGGCGGCGCUGUGGCAAAUCCAACACUUCGCGCGUGCGCAGCGCCGCCUGCGACUUUAUUCUACUUCGAUUCUGUUGGUAUAUGAUGCGCGCCGGUUAAGAGAGCACCACUUCGAACCUAUUGACAAUAAGCCUACUUUGAUAAGACAUAGGAGUUUGUAUAGGCCGUUAAGUUUGGCCCAAUUGAACAACUGCUGCGCAGAAGAACGCGUUCCGACUGGUUUCAGCGGCCAACAAACGUCAGAUGGUCCGAUUCUUAAAGCGCCCAAUAGAAUUGUUCAUAUGGACAGUCUUAGACAGGCGCCCACCAAUCGCAAUGCUUGGCAAAAGUCAAUACACGCCCUCAAGAGGACUCAUUCGUUUCAGAACGACUACGACAAGGACGUGCAACACAAAAAGGACAACUACAAUUUGAUUUUGGACGAUUUGUGUUGCGAGACUAAGAGUGAGGUGUGGGCAACAGCAAAAAUGAUUGACUUUGCGCACGUCUACACGUCGGACAGCGCCGACGCGGACAAAAACUAUUUAGAGGGCGUCAACAACUUGAUUAAAAUGUUUGAGGAUUUUCUUGCCGAGACUGACGAAUCGUAAAAGCGAAUUUUUACUGCGAGGUUAAGUUACUUAUUGACUCUUGAUUAUCAAACAAAAAUGAUAAAUCUGGUAUUUGCAUAUCU